GACAAAUGUUAGUGAUAAUAUUAACAAUAAUAAUAAUAUUAACUAUAAUCAACGUCAAAAUCAACCAUAUCGUCGUUUUCAACGAUUCUCCAGGUAUAAUGACAAUGAUUACAACAAUUAUUCAUCAUGUAGUAGUAGAAAUCAUCGAAAUUCAUACAUUAAUUAUUCAUUACAAUAUGACUAUUUACGAAAUAAUUUGAAUAACUAUAAUCGGUGGUACAGAUACAGUCGACGAAAUCAAAUGAAUAAUUAUAAAAACAAUUAUUUGAAUAAGAAAGAUCAUAAUUAUAAUAAUAAUAAUUAUUAUAAUGAUGGUAAUAAUAUAAAUAACUAUAAUCAAAGUUCAAAAAACUGGUCCGCUUCACAUCAUGCACCAGUACGUCUUCAGCAGCAACAACAAAAUCAACAACUAAUAUCACCACCAAUAGGAAUUCAACAAAGUCUAGAACAAGAUCAGUUAUGA